AUGACGUAUAAAGGUAUAAAUUUUACAAAUAUUCAAGAACUAUUAAAUUCAUUAACAUGUCCAGAGACGGAAGAAAUAUUAAGAGGGAUGGAACCUUCACGUUAUGAAUCAAAAAAUAUGACUCGUGAAGCCUAUAUUCUUAGUAUACUUCCAGCAAAAUGUAUAUCAAAACAACAUUUAGGUGUACAAGGUGUUCAAAAAUGGUUCUUUAUUAUAUUAUUAGCUUUUUUCCUUAUAUUUGGUCUUUUUGGAAAUAUUUUAUCAGCAAUAAUUAUGUUUCGACGUUCACGUCGUGGCCUUUCAUCUUAUUUAUAUUUAGGAUUAUUAGCCAUUACAGACAUAUGUGUACUUUAUUCAGGUUGUCUAUUAUACUUUUUAGGAUUAGCUUUUCAAUAUAAGCCACAAUUGAAUGGGACAAUUUCUUGUCGUUUAAGUUUUUAUUUUAAACAUUUAUUUACAUAUAUAUCAGCUUGGCUUAUUGUUGCUGUAACAUUUGAACGUUUUAUAGUUGUUCGUUUUCCAAUUCAAUCAAUUCGUAUAUGUCGUCUACGUAUUGCAUAUACAGUAACAUUAACAAUUAUAAUAUUUUUUUCAAUUUAUACAGCACAUGGCUUUUUUACAAUGGGUGUUUUACGUCCUCUUUUACAAACUGAUAAAUAUUAUGAUCCAGAUUAUCGUGUUUGUGAUCUUAUUGAUAAUGAGAAACAUCGACAUAUAUUACCAUUGAUUGAUUUAUGUUUCUAUAGUGUCAUACCAUCAAUAUUAAUUUUUAUAUUUAAUAUUUCAAUUAUAAUAACAAUAUUUCAUGCUUUAAAACAAAGAAGAACUUAUUUACAAGCAAAUAGUUAUUUACAAACAACUGAUACAUAUACAAGAACAUUUAAUCAAAAAACAAAAAGUUCAUCAUCAACUCGUACACAGUUUUUUCGUAGUCGAUCAGCCGAAUCUAGUCCAGCUGGUCGUUCAUUUAUUCAACAAGGUCGAAUAUAUCAUAAUGGAUUAAAUAAGAAUAAGUUUCAACAAAAAUCUCAACAAGUUUUAUUUGAUUCUACAAGUGCAACAGGAAUACGUUUAACAUGUUUAUUAUUAUUAAUAUCAUUUAUAUCUGUUCUUUGUACAUUACCACCAUCAAUACGUGCAUUUACUGCUGAUUUACGUCCUCCACAGGAAUCAACAGUAAAAUGGCAAAUAGCAGAACUUAUCACAACUACAUUAAUGUAUUUUAAUCAUACAAUAAAUUUUGUACUUUAUUGUUUAACUGGUCGAGUAUUUCGAAAUGAAUGUCGAAAACUUCUUCGUAGUUUAUGGGCAUUAAAAGAUAUUCAAAUAUCAUGUACAAUGAGUUCU